AUGGACAACAUCACUCACUCCCCAACCACCACCACCACCACCACCACCACCACAACCCAAGAAAACCCUACCACUACCGUCUCCACCACCACCACCAGCGACAACUCCUCCUCUAGCACCACCAGCAACAGCUGCACCAGGAAGUGCAAGGGCAAAGGAGGCCCCGACAACAACAAGUUCCGUUACAGGGGGGUGCGGCAGCGGAGCUGGGGAAAGUGGGUGGCCGAGAUCCGGGAGCCCCGGAAGCGGACCCGCAAGUGGCUCGGCACCUUCGCCACCGCCGAGGACGCCGCCCGCGCCUACGACCGCGCCGCCCUCAUCCUCUACGGAUCUAGGGUCGUACAACAUCCUCAAGAGCAGUAUCUGUAUGCGCGGCCCGACGGGAGCGAGAAUAUCCCAACCAUGGCGACGACCACCGCCUCGGAUGGAAACCCUAACUAUGGACACCAAGAACAACUUCUACGAGAAGAUCAAGAUCAUCAUCAGCAACAGCCGCAUCAUCAGCUGGGUCACUUGAAUUACAGCUAUGACGACAUCAACGCGCUUGUGGGGUCGGUGGGCGCGAGCCUUUCCUUGGCCUCGGAGGCGGAGGCAGCCCCACCGGUGCCUCCAGAGACGACCGUUGCCGAGGUGGGGCAGGGUUCGCCAGCGAUGUGGCCGCUGGGGAACGAGGAUGAUUACUUUCAUCAUGGGAUUUGGGAUUACGGAGACCCUUUCUCGUUGGAUUUUUGA